UUGCCAUGCGCAAAAGCAAACAUACAUAGCUAAUUCGGAGUUUCAUCGUUCUGGGCCGUUUCCAUGCUGAUAUAACACUUUCGUGCCACUUUAUAAGGGCAGAAUGAUCCCUCUAGGCUGGCUCCUCGGCAUCACUGCCUUGGUGACAUUUGUGCCGGUAGGAUUACUCCUCUACGGCCAUGCGCUAGCCCAGAUACUUGGAGAGGCCAUAGGGUGGUACUUACUAAAGCGGACGGCCCCAAAGAGGGCAAUCAUUCUCAAAAAGGUUGCCGAAGACGAGGCGGCACUGGCAAAGGAGACGGCGCGCUGGAAGAAGGCCAAGGACGGCGAUGAGGAGUGGGAGAGGGUCGAGAGCUAUACUGUUGGCAACGCUGUGAACGGAGAUGUCGCCGAGAAGGAUUGGGAGGGGAUCGUGGGCUUCCUACAUCCAUUCUGCAACGCGGGAGGAGGUGGCGAGAGAGUGCUGUGGGCAGCUGUGCGCGCGACGCAGCAGAGGUGGCCCAAGGCUACAUGUGUGGUUUAUACGGGCGACCACGAUGUGACCAAGGAGAAGAUGCUGGAGAGAGUUGAGAACCGAUUCAAUAUCCAGCUCCAUGCGCCAACUGUCACAUUCCUCUACCUCACAACACGCCAUCUGGUCCUAGCCUCGACAUGGUCAUUUGCAACCCUCUGCGGCCAGUCCUUGGGAUCCUUGUUCAUGGCCUACGACGCCUUCUCCCUAUUAGUCCCGGAUAUCUUUGUCGACACUAUGGGCUAUGCAUUCGCUCUUGGGCUAUGCAAGCUGAUGUUCCCAAAGAUGCCUACAGGAGCAUACGUCCACUACCCCACAAUCUCCACAGACAUGCUCGCCUCGCUCGACUCUACGGCCCCCAGCACACACGGCCUCAACGCCGGCAAGGGCACCGGCGCGAGGGGUGCAGCGAAGAAGGUUUACUGGGAGAUCUUGGCCAAGGUCUACGGCUGGGUGGGGUCCUCGAUUGACGUCGUCAUGACGAACUCGACAUGGACACAAGGUCAUAUCCGCUCUCUAUGGGGCGGUUUCCGAGCUGAGCGUGGCGUCAUGUCCGAUAUAGCAGUUGUGUACCCUCCCGUCGCAGUCGAAGAGCUUGAGAGCGAAAUCGAAAUCUCAGCAGAGAGUGAGAAGAAGAGGUCCAAGACGCUCUUGUACAUCGCGCAGUUCCGGCCGGAGAAGAACCACACUUUGAUCUUAAACUCGUUCGCCGAGUUCAUGCGCACAAAGACGCCCGCCACCAAAGGCGCAAAGCUUGUCCUGGUCGGGAGUGUACGGGAUGAUUCCGACUCCAAGCGCGUGUAUGAGCUGAGAUUAUUGGCCAACGAGCUCCAGAUCAGAGAUAGUGUCGAGUUUCAUCUGGAUGCCUCUUGGCCCGAGAUAUUAGAGUGGCUACGGAAGGCGUCUGUAGGUGUCAACGGAAUGUGGAACGAGCACUUUGGCAUCGGUGUUGUAGAAUAUCAGGCGGCGGGGUUGGUGGCGGUGGUACAUAAGAGUGGCGGCCCGAAGAUAGAUAUUGUUACAGAGGUGGAGGGGAAGCCUACUGGAUUUCAUGCGACAACUGCGACUGAAUUUGCCGAAGGGUUCGAGAAGGCUCUUUCACUCAAGGAUAUACUUGACUGGCGUCGCACGGCACGGUUGUCUGCAAAGAGGUUUACAGAAGAGGAGUUUGCGAAGAGGUUCAUCAAACAGAUGGAGACGCUAGUCCUGCUGCAGGUUAACGGGCCAGGUCCUGGUAAGAAGAUAGAUACCCAUUUUACCGAGGGAUUCCAGAUGUAG